AAUCAGGGCGCAGCAGGAAGCGCCGGUCUGCGGUAAACAGUCGGGUCUUCAUGACUGCGCAGGUGCUCGUGCUGUACUUCGCUCAGAGCGUGGAGCUGACCGGGCUGAAGGAGGAGGAGCUUCCUGACGUCCCGACACCAAUCAGCAGCCGCGACCUCUGGACGCUGUUGCUACGGCGACACCCGAGGUUGGCGGCGCUGCAGCAUCACGUGAUCUUGGCGGUGCGUCAGCAGUACGUUGCCGUCGGCGACCAGGUGGUGACUCUGGCGGACGGAGACGAGGUCGCCGUGGUGCCGCCGCUAAGCGGAGGAUAA